CACACUCCCAUAUUUUUUAACAAUAAUAAUAUAUUCCCAUUUUCCACAAAGUAAAUGUUUUACACUUUUGAACAUUCCAAUAUCCACACAUAUAUAAAGAAGCCAAGACAUUAGACACACAAACACAAAUCCACAAAUUUGAAAGUAGAAAAAUAGAAAAUGAAGAAGGAAGUAUUUAUUUCACCGGAGUCAUCUCUCCCCUUUAAUGAGAACGACUCCGCGGAGAUGCUCCUAUACGACGUCGUGGAGGAGGGGUGGCGGCGCUCCUCCAAGGCGUAUCGCGGCGUGAGGCGGCGGCCGUGGGGGAAGUUCGCGGCGGAGAUAAGGGACUCGACGCGGAACGGGGCGAGGGUGUGGCUGGGGACGUUCGAGACGGCGGAGGCGGCGGCGAUGGCGUAUGAUCAGGCGGCGUUCGCGAUGCGGGGGCAGGCGGCGGUGCUCAACUUCCCGGUGGAGAGGGUGAGGGAGUCGCUGCGGGAGAUGCGGUGGGGCGCGGAGGAGGAGAGCUCGCCGGUGAUGGCGUUGAAGAGGAAGCACUCGAUGCGGCGGCGGAAGAAGAGGGAGAAUGUGGUGGUGUUUCAGGAUUUGGGGGCUGAUUAUUUGGAGGAGCUUUUGAUGAGUAGUAGUAGUAGUAGUUCAAGUGUGGAAGCUACUUCUAAUUACUAGGAGUAGUUUUCUACUAGCCAACAAAUGGAUUACUUUUUUUUAUAAUUUUCCUAAAUAUUUUGUCCAUAUGUAUAAUGUAAUAGGGGGUUAGGGGCCACCUUUUUUUUAUGUUACCAACAAAUGCUUUUUUUCUUGAGCUUUUGUUUGGAGGUUUAUUUUCUUCCAUUUUUAUGAAUUUGGACGAAA